CUGAUCCUGAUGGCCAGCUCUAGGGCUCGGCAGACCCCCAUGAGUUCUGCAUCAAAUACCUCCUUCCCCUUUCCUAGGGGGAUCUCCUGGGAUUGCCAGGCUCCCUGGGGGUUCUGCCAUGCAAUUCCUGCCCCUGUACGCCCAUUCUCUAGCCGUGAGCCGUCCGACCAUAGGGUGAGCCCUGGGCGGGCUCUCUGGGCUGCCUGGAUUGCUUCUUCCAUUGGCAAGACCUUGAUCUGGCCUGGGAAUGGUCCUGCAGGUGUCCACAUAGUUUCUUCAAAGCCCUCAGACGGGUCAACUGGCAGGGUCCCUGCUAGUCGCCGUGCCAGGUGCUGCCCUAGUGACCAUGGGCCCCGACUGCUGGUUUCUGCCCAUGCCCGAUCCCUUAGUGGCUGCUCGCCAGGCUGA